UGGAUUUGCUAUGCCACGAUCGUUCCACACGACUGAAUGCGCAGGCGCGGUCGGUUUUCGGGGUGUGUGUGGGGGGUGGGGGGGGAGGAGAAAUAUGUGGUGUUUAGACAUGCGCAGUGAGGCGAUGGAGGCGGGCUAAAAAUGCUGGAGUCCCUCAUUCGGCCGAAUGGAGCAUGUCAGGGAUUGAAGUCACGGCCGUGUCCGAACGGUUCAGCAAGCAUCCGGGGUAGUUCAGAGGCCGCUCAAUAACAGCCCAAAGGCUCUUUCUGCAUUCAGAGGUGCGGAACGCAGAGGUGCGGCCUCACCGUCUCGCGUCGGGACUGUUCAGGAAAUGCGGGGUUCCCUCCUCGCGCUCCGGACUGGGUAAUCCCGGCGAGCCGGCGGCCACCUUGGUAAAGGAGGUGGUGUUUGAGGAGGAAGCAAUACGACACCGCUGCUGUAGUACAGGCGAAUCUCACGAUCCGCGGGACGAGCGUAGAAAAACAAUUGAAAGCAAGCAAAAACAAUUUGCUGGGAAAUUCAGCAGGUCCUUGCAGCAUCUGUGGAGAGAUGAAAACAGAGUUAACGUCUCUAGUCCAUUGACAUUUCUUCACGACAUCGGUUUAUAAAAUUUUGACAAACAGAGCAGGAGAACUGGAAACAGACAGCCGAUACCGGGGAUGAAAAUGGGUCCUGAGGAGAGAACCGGUGAGGAUGGAGCAAUGGAGUCUGAUUUCGAUGCCUGAAAUUGGGGGAGAGCAUGGAACACAGAUUGUUGAAACAAAUGGUAUUUUUUUCUUAUAGAAUCCCUACAGUGUAAAGCAGGCCAUUCAGCCCAUCGAAUCCAUACUGACCUUCCAAAGACCACCUCACCCAGACACAACCCAUGCCCCUGUAACUGUAGCUUCCUCAUCGCUAGCCAACACAUCUCUGGAUAUUAUGGGCAAGUUUGUUCCAUAGAAACAAGGCAAAAAUCUCUCAUGAAUUACAUGAAAUUAACUUAUAAACGCUUUUUUAAAUGAGAUUUUAAAAGAGGUGGAUUGCAGGUGGGAAAUUCAAAUUAUACAUGAUGUCAUGCUCAGACAAGUUCAUUCGAUUCAUCAGGGCCUGAAUGCCAUUUCUCAUCAAUAUGGAAAGUGAAAUGUUUGCUGGUUGUAGAAAUGUAUUUCUCAUGUCUGCCUGACUGGAAAAGCAGUAGGAUACAUACAGCCAAGUAAGUGGGUUCAAGUACAUGGACUGUGGAAAGAGCUUUAAUCAGUUACAAACCCUGAAAAGACAUUCCUAGCAGAGAGGACCUGUAGAUGGAUUCUGUGUGUUUAUGAGGUUUCAACUGGUCAAUCAACCUACAGAGGGACAAGGAUACAUGCACCAUGGAGAAACCAUGGAAGUGCGGAGACUGUGGAAAGGGAUUCAAUUACCCAUCUCUGCUGGAAAAUCAUCGUCGCAUUCACACUGGGGAGAGGCCUUUUGCUUGUUCCAUGUGUGGAAAAGGAUUCGCUCAAUCAUCAAAUCUUGUAACACACCAGCGAACCCAUACUGAAGUGAAGCCAUUCACCUGCUCUGUGUGUGGGAAGGAAUUCGCUCAGUCAUCCAAUCUCCUGACACACCAACGGGUUCAUACCGAGAUGAAGCCAUUCACCUGCUCCAUCUGUAGAAAAGGAUUUAAUCAUCCAUCCAAUCUGCUGAAACACUGUCGAAUUCACAGUGGGGACAAGCCAUUCACCUGCUUUGUGUGUGGGAAGGGAUUCACUCAGUCAUCUACACUCCUGACACAUCAGCGUAUUCACACUGAGGAGAGGCCGUUCACCUGCUCAGUUUGUGAGAAAGGAUUCAAUCAUCCGUCCAACUUGCUAAAACACCAGCGCGUUCACACUGGAGAGAGACCGUUCGCCUGCUCCAUGUGUGGGAGAGGAUUCACUCAGUCGUCAACCCUUGUGAUACAUCAGCGAACCCACACUGAGGCAAGGCCUUUCACCUGCUCUGUAUGUGGGAAGGGGUACAUGAAUUCAUCCAAACUCCUGAUACACCAGCGAGUGCAUACUGGGGAGAGGCCAUUCAGCUGCUCCAUAUGUGGAAAGGGAUUCAUGAGUUCAUCCAUUCUGCUGACACACCAGCGAAUUCAUACAGGGGAGAGGCCAUUUACAUGUACUAUUUGUGGGAAGCGAUUCACUCAAUCAUCCAACUUGUUGAGUCACCAACGACGUCACAAAUGACUGCAGGAGUUGGAUUGCGAUUUCAUUACUGCUACUAAUGUUGUCUAGUACUGAGUGACAUUCAUUCUGACAGAUUGGAUUUGUUUCUUUUAAUGUUAAUGAUCCCUGUAACUGGAAAGUGUUUCGUAUUGCAAGCUGCUUUGAUUCUGCCUCGGUCCCUAAGUUACUUGAUUUCUUAUCCAAUAUCCAGAACUAGAUGGACAGAAAUUUCCUCCAACCAAAAAUUGGUAAGACUAAAAUUAUUGAUUUUGAGCACUGGCUCUGAGCACCACUUCCUAUCCACUGACUCCAUCCCUCUUCCUGAAAAUGGUCUGAAAUUAAGUCAGUCUUCUGCUUACAAUGUCACAUUUUAAUUCUGAGAUGAACUUCCAACCUCAUGUUCCUUCCAUCAUUUAGACCGCCCAUUUCCACCACCAUCAAAUCACUUGAGUUCACCCCAUCUUAGUCAAGAUUAGAACAGUGCUGGAAAAGCACAGCAGAUCAGGCAACAUCCGAGGAGCAGGAAAAUCGGCAUUUCGGGCAAAUUAGCUCAGUUCUGCCGAAAUCUUUGUUCAUACCAUUGUUUCAUCUAGACUCAACUUUUUGCUUUAACUUUCCUAACUGAUCUUGCAUAUCGUAUCCCUUGUAAAUGUUUGUGUCAUCCAAAACUCAGCUGCCCAUGUCUUAACUCACAGCAAAUCCCAGUUCUCCUUAUCUCAGGUGCAUGGAUGUGAAUUGGCCUGCAGUCAAAUGUCAUCUUGACUUCAAAAUUCUCAGCAUCAUUUUAAAACAUCUCUUCGGUUUUGUCCUUCCUGUGUAAUGUACUCCUUCCUUUGAAACCUAUGCAAUAUUUGCAAUCCUCAAAUUCUGGCCUCUUGUGUGUUCCCAAUUAUAAAUGUUUCUCCAUUAUCAGCCAGCCCUGCAAUUUCCUCCCUAUAUAUGUCUGCCUCUUUUCCUCAGUUUCCUCGCAGACACUCCUUAAACCAAAUCGUCAACUGAGCCUUUGGUUGUCUGACCUAUUUGCUUCUUUGUGACUCAUUGUCAAAUGUUGUUUUAUACUGUUUCUGUGCAGUCUGCAUUGCAUUAAAGGUACUAUGUAAGUACAAGU